GGGUGGAAUAAGUUUACAAGAAGAGCAUGACCUUUGUGCAUCCGGAGUUUCGGUCCAGCACCCUGGACCAGCUACUGCAAGUGCAUUCACAGGCCAUUGGAGAUCUUAAGAUCCCCUCUGCGAAGUGGCAGGAUGUGGGCGGCCUGCAGCCCAUGAAGAAAGAGAUCCUGGAUACCAUCCAGCUGCCCCAGGAGCACUCUGACCUGCUGUCUCUGGGCCUGAGGCACUCUGGACUCUAUGGACCACCUGGCUCUGGAAAAACCCUGCUGGUUAAAGCAGUGGCAACAGAGUGUUCCAUGACAUAUCUAUCUAUAUCUAUAUCUAUAUCUUGAAAGUAUGUGGAUAGUAUCUCUCAGACUUUUCUCCUGGAUUCUUAUCAAUCAAUCUUUAUUUUAUAUAACGCCUUUCACAGUGGACCACCAUCACAAAGUG